AAAAAUACGUUUACAUGCUACUUGUAUUAAUGGGAUGAAUCACAUAAAGGUGCGCCAUCUGUUAGCAGACAACUAAAUCGAAGAGUGGAUUAGUUUACAACGCUCGAUCGAACACAUAAGAGAAUCAGCAGUAUGUCUUAUAGUAUAAAUCGCAUCAUAACCCCAUCAACAUUGCAAAUCCCUGGGGGUUUACGCCCUGGAAAACAGAUCCUGCUUCGUGGUAGAGUAACUCAUAAUCAUGAUUAUUUUUGCAUAAAUGUGAGAGAAGCCGAUGGUGGUGGUAACAUACUGUUCCAUUUUAAUCCUCGCCAAGAAGAUGAAGUGGUGGUAAGAAACACAUUUUCAGGAGGAGAAUGGGGAGAAGAAGAAAGGGAUAAACCACAUUUCCCAUUUGGAUCUGGAAAAUCUUUUCUACUCAGAAUAGAGAUUGCCGAAGAUGGCUAUCAUACUUACGUUCAAGGAAAACCGUUCAUUAACUAUAGUCAUAGGAUAGAUCCCAGCAAGGGAAUGUUUUUAGAGUUGUCAGAAGGAGCAGAGUAUUAUGAUGUUACCUUCCAAGAUAAGGAUGACACUCCUUACCGAACAGAAAUACCAGGGAGAAUGCAAAUUGGCAAAGCUGUCCGUCUCCGAGGUGCAACUCGAGGUUCUGAAGGGUUCAAUGUAAAUUUUGCCUGUGACUGUGAAAACGAAAGCAUAGCAUUUCACUUCAAUCCAAGACCAUCAGACGGAACUGUAGUAAUGAAUGCUAACAUAGGAGGUUGGGGAAAUGAAGAAAGAGAUUUUGAAGGAGAUUUCCCAUUUGACAAUGAUCAAUAUUUUGAUAUUAUUUUUGUUUGCACUGCUGAGAAAUAUCACGUUUAUGUCAACGAAAAUCAUUUUGCCGAUUUCAAUCAUCGACUAGAUUUUGCAGAUGCCACAUAUUUGCACAUUCUAGGUGACGUAGAUAUUGCUGAGUUAGAGUUCUUGGAACCUGUUGAUGACGACUUUGUAAAGGAGAUUCCUUCAGGUCUUGAGAAAGGAGAUGUAUUGUUGUUCAGAGGAUUCAUGAGACCUGAGUCAGAAUGGUUUGCCAUAAACCUUCAUUAUGGUCUUACAACCGACUCUGAUGUUGCCCUUCAUUUCAAUCCCCGGAUCGAUCAAGGUCAAGUGGUAUUUAAUAGUAGAACCGAUGAUUCUUGGGCCGAGGAAGAAAGAAAAGACAUCCCUCAAUGUAUAGCCGAUAGGAAACCGUUUGAAAUCAAGAUAGUCACCAAAAGCAAAAAAUUCAAGGUGUAUGUAAAUGGAUCAAAAGUUAAAAAGUUUGAAUCAAGAGGAGAAAUUGAAAAUAUCAAAGGAAUCAACGUUAAUGCAGGAGCUUAUAUUUUCCAAGUCAAACUGGAGAGAAAAUUGGAGAAACCAGUUUUAGAAAGAAUUCCUGGAGGUAUAAGACCUGGUUCCUGGAUUGUUAUUCAUGGAAUGCCAAAGAAAAAAUGUGAUAGAUUCCAUAUUAACUUGAAAUGUGGAGAUGACCCAGAGAGCAAUGUAGCUUUUCACUUCAAUCCUCGUUUUGGCGAAGAACAUUGCACAGUGAGAAAUACCUACGUGGAAGGAGACUGGCAAGAAGAAGAGAGAGAAGAGGAUAGUUUCCCAUUUGAGAAAAAAGACACAUUCGAAGUUGUUAUAAAAGUUAUGGAGGAAAAGUUUAUGACAUAUGUAAAUGGAGAUCGUUAUAUAGACUUUAAUCAUCGACUACCAUUAGAUAGCAUCUGUCAUCUUGAAAUGGAUGGAUUGGCAGAAUUCUAUGAAACUGAAUUUUUAUGAUUAGGUUUAGUAUUUCUAUGAUGAUGGAAAACAUACCCUUUGAUGACAGCUUUAAUGUUCUGAUACAAACGUUUUAUAAUUGACUACACUUUUGACUUUGUGAUACAUUGUUUACGUUAUUAUUAUAUACUACAAAUACAUGUUGAACUAUUUGUUGAAUACAUUUAGUGGUGUU